CUUAUCUAUCUGUACCACUCCGUCACCUCUGAACAUGGGAUAUGAAACAGGAACACGUAAGACGGCGUGUCUAUACGGGCUACUUACCUUCAUCCUGCUGCAGUCGGUAGCCUUUGUCUGCGUCAGUCUGUGGCAAGAAUGGCGUCUGGACUACUUCCGGUCCACAAUUUCAAGGAAAAGGGAGGCAAUCGACCUGUUUGAGGCUGAAUGUCAGAUGACCCACGUGCAGGAUAGUACGCCGGAAGCUACCCAUGCGCAUGUCCGGCGGCAAAGUCCGACAGUUAUUGAUUUCAUGCGGGAUUUCCUGUCGACUCAGGAAAUAGCGCUUGAACAAAUCUGCACCAAGAGACACGACUUGUGUAUUCCGGGACCUAAAGGUGUUUCCGGAGACAAAGGUGCCAUGGGGCCACGUGGGGACCGUGGGGAAAUCGGCACCACCGGACUGAAGGGAGACCAAGGUCAUGUUGGGGACCAGGGGAGCAGAGGCGACACCGGGGCUAAAGGGGUUAAAGGUCUCCCAGGGAGUGAGGGAACACCGGGUGUUAAUGGAACGGAUGGUGCCGCAGGUCAGAAAGGCGAUGCAGGGCCUAAAGGUGACCCGGGUCUCCCUGGUAACAACGGCACUGAUGGUUUAGUGGGAGCAAAGGGUGUCCCUGGCGUCAAGGGACAGGCUGGAACGAAGGGGGCGCCAGGAAUCCUCGGCGUGAAGGGGAACCCUGGGUCCAACGGCGUGGCAGGGCAGAAAGGGGACCCUGGGCAACAGGGCCCGGAGGGGAGCUUGCUACAUGAUGACUGCUUCUGUCUCAAUGAAUUCGAAAUAACUGGCAAUUUCAGUGACACCGUUAAUGUGGCCUAUGGAGCUCCGCUGUCACUCGGUUGCGACUUCAACACGCUUGAUGUUCCGAUCACGUGGGUGAAAGACAAAGGACCAAUCAGCAAACGUGGCAUCGUAACCAGAAACAACCUCAAUUUCCAGCAGGUGUUGAAGGAAGAUGGCGGGACGUAUCGCUGCGUUGGACCCAAGGGCAUCUUGGGAUACAACUCAAAGUCAACGGAUAUAGUAGUUGGCAAGAUCUACGAGUAUGACUGUGACUUCGAGAGUUCCUGUUCCUGGAAGGACGAGACCACUGAUGCGAUGGACUGGACCCUGAACAAAGGCAGCACCCCGUCUUUGGGAACAGGUCCUGCUAACGACCACACCUUAGAAAACGCGAACGGCCAUUACAUAUACCUGGAGACAUCGUCGGGCACUCUUAACAGUUCCGCGGCCUUCCGUUCCUCUCCUCUCGGCACCAGCCACCACUUCUGUCUGACGUUCUGGUACCACAUGUACGGCCAAAGUGUGGGCUAUCUUCAGGUCAAAAUCAUGACUGCACAGAGCACGAGUAGCCCUAUAUGGAUGAGACAUGGAAGCCAAGAUAACGAGUGGAGGUUGGCUAAAGUUGACCUCCUUCCCCAAUCCGUCAACUACUACAUCGUUAUCAACGGCGUCAGGGGAGAUAACUACUUCGGUGACAUUGGCAUUGACGACAUCAUCGUCUUGGACGGAGCUUGUCCGUAAUGCUUGUGUUUUGGUGUUGGCGAUUAAAUUAGAAUCCGAACGAAAACAAAACUUUUGAUAUAUUGUAAAGGAUAUUAUAAAAUUCACCUUCCGUUAUUAAAAUUGGAGAAAAGGUUUGUAAAAUAGCAAUAAAAACAAAAAAACCGUACUCGUACUUCCGCCUUUUACGGAAACAGCCGACAGUUAAUGACCAGAGGGGGUAUCACGUGACAUGACGUCACAUGUGCCUGUUGGUGAUGGCUGCCGCUUUGAUUUUAUCGCACAACUUAACAGUGUCCAUGGAUUCUGAAGCAAUAAAAGGUGUUCCUGAUGUCA